AUGGAUAGUUGCAAGGCAAUGUCUACUCCGAUGGGAUCCGGAUCUUAUGUUGAUCAAGAUGAAGCAGGUGUUUCGAUUGAUAUAACAAAGUAUCGAGCCAAUCCAAAAGAAUCACAUCUCACCGCUGUUAAGAGAAUCAUGAAAUAUCUCAAGGGAACAACAAAUGCCGGCCUAUGGUAUCCUAAAGGAUGUAAAACUGAUCGAAAAAGUACUAGUGGUACAUGUCACAUCCUUGGAAAUGCAUUAGUUUCGUGGGCUUGCAAGAAACAAGCAUGUGUUGCUCUAAGCACUGUCGAAGCAGAAUACAUAGCCGCAAGUAGCUGUUACGCUCAAAUAAUUUGGCUUAAGCAACAACUUCGUGACUAUGGACUCGAUCUUGGAUCUUUUUUCACUGAGUAA